AAGAGCCAUAACGUUGUUAAGCACAUCAGGCGGACAGGGACAGAACGUGUGGUCCAGACACCUGUCACCGGAGCUUUCUGCAUGUCCGCCGUCACACAUCAGUCUCCUCCACGGUGGAUCUGGUCACGUGCACCGCCGCCGCCGCAGCAGCAGCAGCCGUCCGCCGCGCGCCUCUGUCCGUGCGGGAGCACAUUAUAGAGACCUGACGAUGAUGGCGGACUGUGUCGGCUUUCAAGCACAAAUCGCCUCGAUCAUAGAGAUACUGGCUAAUUCGGCGGUGGCGGAGAUCUGCAAAUUGGUGGACGAUGGCUACGCGGCGUUGCGUUCCCAGAUGGACCAAGAAAGGGAGAAGAGCGAGAAGGAGAACGAUGCCCUGCGGCAGAAGCUGCGAGAAAUGGACGUGAAGAUGCGGAGCUACGAGAGGAAGAUGAGGAGACGGAGUCAGCGGGAAGAAAUGCACGCCGUUCAUUUUAGGCCACCCGAAGAGUUAGAAGAGAAGGCCGAUACCACUCUGGACACAGCUAUCGUGGCUCUGUCCAAAGGGCCUGACGACCAUCAGGCUUCGGUGCCGCCUCUUUGUGCCACCUCUGAAGACAGACCCUUUCAUCAAAUUUCAAAGCAGGAAGAAACCACGGUGUUACCACUGGUGAAACAAGAGAAACUGGAGAGAGAUGACUGCAACCUGGACCUCAAGGUAGAGGUCAACAUCAGGGCAGAAUGUGGGCUGACAGCUGCCCUGGAGUCCAGUGUGGAAUCCGCCCCCAGUGAUAUUGCUCUUGACACCAGUGUCACUAACAUCACCUCCUCCACCACCCAGCCCUCCUCCCCCACUGACACCACAAUGGACCUGACCUGCAGGCCUCGAGCAAAACGCAAGGCCACCAAGCCUGUGGGAAACAGUUUGACAGUGAGUGGUGGGGGGAUCCCGGCCCCUGAGGCAGCACGCAGGGACCUUGGAAGGAGCCUAACAGAUGAAGCUCUGAAGCCAGAGAUCCAGACUGAUAAUGCGACAGAAGAUGAACUUCACCCUUCUCAGCUGUCGGCCCCUGUAGCCUCAGAUGAGCCCAGCCCCGACCGCCUCAACAGCCUGGGCCUGGACCUGGCGUGGAUGCAGGAGAGGGUCAGUCAUCUUGGUGCUGCAUAUGCUGUAGCACAGCUGGGCUUGGGGAACACAGAAACUGGCCACCCUUCAGCCUCCUUCCCUACACAGGGAGGAGGAGACAGUCUAGAUGGCCCUCCGACCAUGCUCUUCCCAGGUGGUGCUCAUGAAAUGGCAGCUUUUGCCGCCUCCUUUGACAUGGCAGCUGCUGCUGCAGCUGCUGCUGUAGCUGCGCCACCUCCACCCCCUCCCCCUCCCCCAACAGCUCCUUCUGCCACCACCACCAGCCAGAGGCGGCCUUACAGGAGCAGUGCUGCUGCUAAAGAGCCUGUGGUGUGUGCUGUGUGUGGGCGUGUCUUCCCCAGUGCUGCUGCCCUGGAGCUGCACCAACGGAUUCACACAGGGGAGAGACCCUACACCUGCCCCCACUGUGGAAAGGGCUUUGCCCAGCCCAACAAUCUGCGGGUCCACCUCCUCAUCCACACUGGGGAGAGACGUUAUCGAUGUACACUGUGCGGGAAGAGUUUCAUCUCAUCCAGCCACCUAAAGAGGCACCGCACGGUCCACACGCAGGAGAAGCCCUACAGCUGUUCCCGCUGUGGACAGUCCUUCAGCCAAAUGUGUAGCGUUCGCAGACACCGGCAGCAGUCUCAGUGUGGCCUGUAGACUGAGAGAGAGAAAUGGAUGGCAUCUGGAGUUUGGACUAAGUAGGAUCAAAAUCCUACAACAGGGGAAUUCAUGCAUCUUAUGUAAGCAUGAUUAAAGGAGAACCAACGCUGUGCCCUGUGAUAUCAUGACAUGUAGAGAUAAUAUUUGUUCUAGAUUUCUAGCAGUAAUCUGUGAAUUCUGUCUUAAGGUGGAUUUUGCUUUUAAGCUCUCUCAAUCUUUAUUUACUCCUUGUUUCAAACUGUGAGAGGAUCACGGAAUGGACUGUAAAAGAGUGCCUGAGACAGUAUUGGAAAGAGUGCGAUAACAAUCCAUCCGUUUGUCAAAAAGAAUUUUGUUUACUUUGAUUGACUAUCCAGAAAAUAUAUACAGUACACUGUAUAUAUACAUAUAUAUACAUAAGGUGAUCCUGCAGAAGAGGGUUAUGGUUCAUAUUGGAUCUGUCCAGUGGCCAUCUGAUGAAGUAGGAUUAAUGAUGUUUUGAACUCUCGACAGAUCCAUAAUAUCUAAGUAAUCAGAAAUACAUCAGAAAUACAUGAGCAGUUAAGCACAACAACAUAAAUCUAUAUUUGCCUUAUCUUACUGUAAUCUCUACAACCAGAUUCACAUUUCCAGACACCUCCAGCUUUUGUUGUUUGUUUUAGGGACUGCUUGCACUACAAGAUUUCAUUUCUCACACUGCAAAGACAUAUUCCAACAUUAAAGGAUGCAGAAACGUCCUUAGUGGAGUUCUAAUUGAAGCAUUUACACUUUUUGACUGGAGGCAGGGGAAACCUGUUAGCGUGGUCAGCCUAGCUCAGUACAAAGUUGCAAAACUACACAUUCCAACAACUCCAAAACUGUCUUUACUGACAUACUGUAUUUUAUGUACUCAACAUACUGUAUGUAGUAAUGAAAAAGUAGAAAUUGUGAUUUCAGGAGCAGAUAUCUGUGGAGCUAAACAAUAACUGCAUGCAGCAGCAUUUCUGAAGCCCUGUCUUCAUAACAGGGUUGCUAUAUUUGAGCACUGUCUUUAAACCUGGGCUUGGGAUAGCUUAGGAUGUGUUAGUGACUAGCUUGCAAGCUAAAAAGAAAUUCAAAAAGAUAUCAAAAUAAGACAUCUUUGGAGGUGUUGGAUGUCAUAAGGUAGCUAGCUAACAAGCUAAUUGUUUAUGUCUGCCUUCAGUCUUUGCACCAAGCUAGGUUGUCCAUGUCCUGAACCUAUCUGUACUGGACAUUCAGCUAUUAAAUUAUAAUAAUCUUCUUUUCUGUCAGAGUAAUAAGACUAUUAAAUAUAUUUUCCAAAAUGUAGGGCUCUCCCAUUAAGGCUCUUUGAAUGUUCCCAUUGCAUUCACUUAAAGACAAUGACAAAAUCUGGGGGCAGUGCUGAUACACAAUUUAGUCAUGUGUUUUUCAUGAUGUCAUUUAUCAUGUAUAGUCGGUGUUGUUCAUAUUGCAACAGUGUCAUUAAUGAGUGGCCUUCUUAAAGCAGCCAGGUCUUGAGCAUUAGCCUUGAAUGGUACAUUUUGGCAUGAUUAAAUCUUGUAGUUCAGGCCUGCACUUCACGUGUGUACAUGAUUACGUCUUUCACAUUGAUUAUCAGUACAUUUAUUUGCACCUCAUUUCUUAAGAACAAAGGAAAACAUGUAAUGUGCUGUCCAGAAGAUUCACUUCAAGGUCUGUUUUCAGAAUUGGGAUAUGAAAUAACCCUAACCCUAAAGUUUUAGUUUUUGGGUGCAAGGUACUGUGUUUUAAUCCCCCUCCCUCAUCUUUUCACAGGUUGAACCCCUGAGGUUUAACUUCCUUUUAAUUUCAAUCAUCUUUUUACCAAUUAAAUAUCAAAGAACAAAGGACUGUAAAAAUGUAAAGUAUAUAUAUCAGAGAGUCUUGUUUGUAUGUGUAGGUGUUUGGAUGUAAUUGGCACUAGCUGUAGGUUGCACAGCUAUAACAACUAUUUUGCUUUUUAGUAUUCUUUCAUGACAUGUUCCAGUGUUUAAAAAUGUAUGGUUAUUAUUAAACAUGUAAAAGGUUUGUUUGCAAUGAA